CCCCCUGGCGGCAGGAGGUGGAGGCAUGGAGCGGGACAGCGGCGCCGCCGCCGGGCCGUCAGCGGGGGAGGAAGGCGAGGGCUGCGCCGGGCUGUGGGAGCUGCCGGUGGAGCGCUGCGAGAGGCGGCCGGAGUGCAGCCAAUGCAGCCGCCCUCAGAAGGUGUGUUUGUGUCCAUUCCUGCCGAUACAUCCUCUAAAAAUCUCCACCUGCUUGUAUAUAAUUCAGCAUCCAGCAGAGGAAAGUCGGGUAUUGAGGACAGUGCCUUUGUUAGCAGCUUGUCUCCCUCCAGACAAAUGUAAAAUUUUGGUUGGUCGGCGUUUUAGUGAAGACAGGUAUCCUGAGCUAGCAGCUGUAUGCAGAAAUCCCAGUACUCUUAUUUUGUAUCCUGGAGCUGAAGCAACCAAUUUGGAAGAAGUCACUGUGAUGUCUUCUAGCCCACCGGUUAUGAUCAUAAUUGAUGGAACAUGGAGCCAGGCUAAAGAUAUAUUUUACAAAAAUUCUCUCUUCCGAUUUCCCAAGCAGGUGCAGUUAAAAACCAACAUUUCGAGUCAAUAUGUAAUUCGUACGCAGCCAACAAACAACUGUCUCUCUACACUUGAGUGUGCAGCUGUUGCUCUCACUAUCAUGGAAAAAAAUAAGAGUAUACAAGAGACUAUACUACGUCCUCUUCAAGCUUUGUGCUCUUUCCAGCUUCAGCAUGGAGCCCAGAUCCAUCACAGCAAGGAGCAUCUUCUCAAAAAUGGCUUAUAUGACAAGCCAAUGCCAAAGAAUAAGCGCAAACUUAGAAGAAUGGAACUUUUGUUAAAUAAUGUAAAAAUAUAGGAAAACUGUAUCUGCCAUACAGAGGGAUUUAUUUGCAGCUAGCCAAUGAAUAUGGAUCUGAAUUUAAUCCAAGGAGUUGUGCGUACUGUAACAAAGCAACUUUGAGCUCCUUUGUAGUAAAGAGUUUACCUCCAAUAAGAUGAACAAUAAUGGACAAGCUUUUGUAUUCCUUUGUUCAGAUGAUUGAAGAUCACCCUCAUUUCCUUUAGAAAUAAAAAGAUCAAAAUUCGGAGCUUGGUUUAGAGUUAUGUUAUCUCUUGGAUGAAUAAUAUGAUCCUCGAUGGCACUGGUUACAUUUCUUUUGGAGAUGUUUGAUCACGAAAUGGAAUGUCAUUGCAAUGAACUGGGAAAUCUUCAGAAUUUAGGAGUAUAUGGAAUUUUGAUUACUUUAAUUUCAGAAUCUAAUUUUUGAAGGUUUUCAAACAUUCAUUCCUCAUGUUAUUUAGGACACUGAGCGUAAGUCAUGUUUUUUGGAUAGUUCUUUUCAAUGAUGAGAUUUAUAUUUUGUCCCUUUUAAAAAUGUAUGUGUAUUUUACAAGGCUGUCAGGUUUGGUUUGUCUCUUCAACUUAGUAGUUUAAAUUAAGUCCAUAUGUUUUUAUCUAAACCUGAACUUUUCUAACAACAACAGCAAACAAAACAGUGUACAUCCUAAUGAGACUUGCUAGAAGCAGAAGAAUUGAGUAUUUUUACAAGAUUUGUGAAUUAAUGUUUUAUGAUCUGGAGAAAUUUAAAAAAAAAAAAAAAAAAAGUGAAAUAAAGAUUUUAAAGUUCCAUUCUUCAUAAAUGCCUCCAUCAUGAAACAGGUGAAAUUGCUUACUGUUUGUCUUUGCUGUCUAUUCCACUCAAGAUAACAACAUGGAGAUAACUAUAUACUAAUUAGUUUUUGACAAGGAAAAUAUAUUUUGCGUCUAAUUUUUCAAAAGCCAGUGAAAAAAAACUAUGAAAGUGGGAGAUAUAAACACAGCUCGCCAGUUCAUUAGCUGAAAAUACUUCUACAGUUAACAACAGAGGUCAAAAGCAGGUCAGAGAUAAGCUAAGAAGUUCUGGUUAACCCUAAAAUAACAUUGACAUUUUGUGUAGCCAUGGAUUAACAGUUUAAUUUGUCUGGCAAUGCUAGUGAAAUUUGUAUAACCUUGCCCUCUUCUGUUCUAUGUAAGUGCUCUGGUUGCUUCUACUAUCAGUAAACCUGAAUUCGUUUUGACACGUCUGAACCAAAACAGUUGCAAGUGAUGAAUGAUCCUGCGGAUGAACUCUUGGGGCAGAGGAAGGGUGUGUUUAUUCCUGCAGGAGAAGCACAGUGCAGAAAUCUCCCUGGUAGUGUGGAAUCAGAACUUGUACAAAGUGUGUGUGACGCUGCCUCUAGUUCUGGGCUGACAUAGCUGGGAAUUCCUUUCCACCAUGCUAUUGGCUCUGAGCGUUUAUAAAGGAAGCAAGAUUAGCAGUUAGGAUUUGUUGUUAAUGCCAUAUUCUUGUAUAAGUAAGAUAUUCAUAUUUAACACUGUAUAUGUUAGUUUGGUUCCCCUUCUUCUAAGCUUGUUUGGAACAGUCUUUUGACCUACAUUGCACAGACUGUUUUCAUACAGAGAAGUCUGUAGCUUUCAACAAAAUUGGAGCUUAUGUUAUAGAGAACAGAGAGACACUUGUUUUACACCCUGGGUUUCACAGACAUCUGCAAAAUGCCUUAAAAUUGCAAGAUCAGAGAAACAGUUGUCUUAACUGAGUUAUAAUCCUGCAUUAUGCAUACAGUCUCCGAAUUCAGAUUUUUAAUGUUUUUCAGCAAAGGGCAUGUUCUACACAACUUGCUUUUCAGUUUUGCUGAUUCCUUGUUAGCAGGAUUUGUAGAUCUAAUGCAAGACUCAUGGAAGCCUUUAUUGCUAGUUUCCCUUGUUGCACUGUGGUGGAUCAAUCACUGUGCAACACUUGCUGAAGAAAUGAAAAAUGAUUCACUGCAAACAUCCAGACAUUUUAUUUAAGAUUUCUGUGUGUCUUGUCACAGCUAUAGUGUAGUGAUCAUUUAGAUACAACACAAGUUUUAAUAUAAAGUUCAAUUUCAGAUUUGCUUGAAUCUAUAGGGCACAACGGGCCAUACUUUGCUUGCUUUCUUUUUAUUUUUCUGGUGGAACUUCUCUGGCCUUAAAAACAUAUGCAGUAGAAAAAAUAAGGGUAGCAGGAGGUUAGGAAGUUUCUUUUCAGGUGUUUUUGGAUUCAGAGUACACCUCUGAACACAUUACUUUAAAGAAAUGGGUAUCUGUAGUCCAAACUUGAUGAAAGUUGUGCUUGAUGAAGCAGCACACUUUCUAAGCAAUUUCAUUAGAAUGAGUUUAAUUUGAGGUUUUAUUUUUUGCUGUAAUGGUCAAUCUUUUUCAUUUUUCCACUUAACCAAAAGAUUAAUGAAUCAAAACCAGUAGUCUAAUAAGAUAUCGAUUAAGAAGAAAGAAAUGCAUCUACUUGCAAUGUUUGUUUCUUUGUUCUCACCCACUUUUAUACUUCUGAAUACUGCUACCAAAAUGAAAUCUGCCUUCUCUUCGUUUCUUAUGUAGUGCUUUGGGGAACCUGCAACAUGGAUAGGAGCUGCAAAGGUGGAUGUUAUUAAAUCUGCAUAUUUUCAUUGCCUGUACGUCAGAGAUUAUUAAAAUAAUAGGUAAAGCUAGAAAUCUUUCAAAUCAAGAACAGAAGAAAACCCUUCUGUUUACAAAGCUUUCAAAUUAACAGUUAAGAGGUGUGCAGGACAAGCAUUAAUGUUCUGGAAGAUGUUGUUUCCGGAUUACAAAGAAAUUAUUUGUUGAUUAUUUUUUGUUCAGAUAAAUGCAAAACUUUUCAACUGGCUCCAAAACUGAGAAAAAAACUAUUUUUAGGCCAUGCAUUUCCUCCUCAGCUGCAGUUUUAGAUAAAAGACUGUUCAUGAUGCAAUGUUUUCCACAACCUUCCUGCUUGUUUUGAAAUGUAAUUAAAUGCUGAACUUUGAGAAAAGGGUAGCAGUUCAUGCUUUUCUCUUGAGGUUUGUGUUUAUUAUGCCUAUAUACUCAAACGUACAUAAAUUAUGUAUUUGUUUCUGCUUCAAAGCUAUAAAAGAUCUAAUUUGCUGUGGUCAUGUGCUACUGUUUCUCUACAGAAUUGAAUUUGUUUGCAUAUUCUAGUAUCACAAGGAUGUAAACCAAACCUUAUGUUGUGCCUUUUUAGAACCUUUCAUUCAGUUGAUGAAUAGAUGUGGCUUUUUCUGUGCCAUUUAAAGAAAAGGGUUCCAUUUUUUUUUUUUCCAUUAAAAUCUGCAUCAAGACUGA